AGGAACGUCACUGAAAGGGAGAGGACAGCAUCUUGGCUGACCCAGCUCUUUCUCUAGAUAACUGAAUUCAGCCAACCAAACAGGAUCGACCUCUCCCUCUCUUUCUCUCUCAGCCCUCCGGCCAUAGACACAUAGCCAAAGGAGAGGGAUGUCACAGCUGAAAGAAAGCCAGUCGUCCAAGGUCUACAUGAAAAACAGGCAGUGCGCGACCAUUCUUCACGCUUACGCAAGGGGUAUUUCCUUCUUUUACGCGCCGUCCGGAGACAAAUUGGUUCAAUUUUGGGCCUGCUGACGAUUUGUUAUCUGUCAUCUCGGUGUUGGUGGUAAUAAUGCUUCCCAGUCCGCUCAUAACUUCUUCCACAACGCCUUUUUCUGUGAAGGACAUUCUGAAGUUAGAGUUGCAGCAACAAUCUCAGCAGCACCAGCUCCAGUUGAUCUCGUGCUUCGGUCUUUCUGGCGCGCUGUCACAGCCGGGAGUUUGCCCAAACAAACCUUUCCGCUCUCAUUCACCGCCCUCCUGCAUGUUGGCAGGUAGGGACAGUCCAAGCCCCAUCAGCUCCGGCGCGUCGGAGAGCGAGGAGAGGAUGUCGUACCUCAACACGCUGACGGUACAGGACCGACUGUCGGAGUCCGGUCUGCCGGUGGAGAUGUACGGCAACCAAAACCACUCUGCAGACCUCCGGCUGGAGACCGAGCAGGAGGACCAAGACAGCAAAAGCUGCGGUGCGUUACGCAGUGAAUGUGAGGAUCCAAACUCGGAGAAACCCGCCACGAAGCAGCAGAGAACCAGGAGGAAACCCCGCGUCCUCUUCUCCCAGGCUCAGGUGUUCGAGCUGGAGCGGCGCUUCAAGCAGCAGCGCUACCUGUCCGCCCCGGAGAGAGAGCACCUGGCCAGCUCCCUGAAACUCACCUCCACUCAAGUCAAGAUCUGGUUCCAGAACAGGAGGUACAAAUGCAAAAGGCAGCGGCAGGACAAGACUCUGGAGAUGGCAGGUCAUCACCAUCACCACCACCACCCACCACCGCCUCCCAGGAGGGUGGCUGUGCCGGUGCUGGUCCGGGACGGGAGGCCUUGUCUGACUGGAUCUCAGAACUAUAACACCUCUUACACAGUGGGAGCUCCAAACCCGUACAGCUACAACGGCUACCCAGCCUACAGCUACAACAACUCGAUGUAUACUAACACUUACUCGUGUACUUACUCGGGUUUACCUGCUCUGCCGCCCAGCAACACCACUGCUAAUGCUUUUAUGAACAUGAAUUUGGGAAACCUUGGUGCACAGACGCAAAAUCAGGCGGCGCCCCAAGGGCCAGUCGUCGCACCCUGCCAAGGAACUCUGCAGGGCAUCCGGGCAUGGUAGCGCAGUCUUUACGCACAGCUGGGAGAGACUGCUGUGGGACGACUGAACGGACUCCAGCAUGUCAACUCGAUGCAUUUAAAAGCACAACUUAAAACUCUGUAGGCUAAUUUACCGCAACUUACGACAGGCCUUGGGGAAAUCCCGCUGACUGAGAUGUAAACCUACAUUUCUAGUAUGCGCAUUUUUCUCUGAGCCACAGCGUUUAGAAAACCUGCUGUUGGGUAUUUCUUUGCCUAAUUGAAUGUUGCCAGUUAAAGACUGUGCGUAAUGAGGCCUUUUGUGGUUCAAAAAAUAAAGAUAAAUUGGUUGGACAUUUUCAUACAAGCACACGUAUCUUUGCAUAAGGAAAGGCAUAAUAAAGGCCGCUCAAUUACAUCCAUAAAACUCGCUGCAAGAAAGUUACAAUAUGGACCACAGUUUCUACACAUCGCAGUCUUCUAAAGUAUUAUGUUUUGUUUUUUAGGUUUUAACGGUGUGACGUGUUUUUGUCUUGUAGCCUUUUUUAACCUUAAACCUGGGUGCGAUGAACUGUGGCCUGUAUGACCCGAAUUAAACGGACGCUUUUGCAAAGGCUAAUAGGGCUGUUUUUAAGCUCAAGUUACAUAAUCGAAUAAAAUGAUCACUGACGAUGAAAUUAAAUGAUAUACCAAAAAGAAUGGCACAAGUGACUGAAUUGUGCUUUGUGUGUGUGUUUUUGCCCUGAUUUGUUGGUUCAUUUACGGAAACUAAACAAAUACCGUAUAGAUGUGU